AACUCAGCUGCUGCUUGCUUGCUGGGACAGUCAGUUAUUGAUUAUUUGUAGGGCGUUUGUUGCCUGUUGCUUUGCAUUCGGCUUGGCUUUCUGUUCAGUGUUUACUUGUCAAUAUGCAGUCAUUUCUAGUGUAAUAAUUAAAUGUAAUAUCUGUUUUCACGUGUUAUCUGCACUGAAUAGUGUGGUCAACAAUUUGCUCACACUUUACAAGUAAAAAGUCUAUCAAAUAGUCAUCAUGAUGGGAAAAACGCAAAGUAAUAAGACGAUGCCCAGUCAACGGGUUAUCACUUCAAUGCUGAAAGAAAUGGGCAUAACCGAUUAUGAACCUCGAGUGAUCAACCAAUUGCUUGAAUUCAUUUAUCGUUAUGUCUCCUGCGUUCUAGACGAUGCCAGAGUGUAUGCCAACCAUGCCAAGAAGAAAACAAUCGAUCUUGAAGAUGUAAAACUGGCCACAACAUUGCAACUUGAUCGAGUUUUUACAUCACCUCCUUCCAGAGAUAUGCUGUUGGAACUUGCAAGGGCAAAAAAUAGCACACCUUUGCCGGUUGUGAAGCCACACUGUGGCAUCAGACUUCCACCUGACAGAUACUGUCUCAACUCAUGCAAUUACAAGCUUAAAAAUACUGGAACUACGAGUACUAAGAAGCCAACCAAAUUUGGUCAACCAAUGAUGGCUGGAGGCUUUUCUGGUGGAGCCGGAGGCUCAGGAUCAAUGAAAAUGAGCUCCAAGACGACUUCUGUGAAUGUUGUCAAACGAUCUGGCAAUAUUACCACCAUACCUCGCACACAGUCCAUCACAACUCCGAAGAAUGUGAUUAAAUUCAGCACAACUGGUGCCCAGAAAGUGCAGGUCAAACCGAAGAUCCAAAUCAGUGCAGGACCGUCGACCAGUAGUCAACAGGUGGAAGUUGCAAGGCUGGCGCAGACCGUUAAAAUGGAGUUCGAAGACAACCCGAUGAAACGUAAACGAGAAGAUGAGUCCCAAUUCGACGAUUUCAACCAAGGUGUGUGAAGAGGGGGAAGAGGAAGAGAAAGAGGGAGAAAAAGAAGAUUGGUGUUGUAAUUGUGUGUUAUCUUUGUUGUAAUGUGUGUAAUAAUUUUCUAAAGAAGUUGGUUCGCUAAAAUGGAGUUGAAACUUGUCUAGACCUCCGUUGAAUUAUUGUCGAUUAACCAUGGAAAUCUUGGUUCGUUAAAAAUAAUUGAAACUUGUCUAGACCACCUUUGAAUUAUAGUUGAUUAACCGUGGAAAUCUUGGUUCGUUGAAAAGUAGUUGAAACUUGUCUAGACCUCCAUUGAAUUAUUUUUGAUUAACCGUGGAAAUCUUGGUUCGUUAAAAAUAAUUGAAACUUGUCUAGACCACCUUUGAAUUAUAGUUGAUUAACCGUGGAAAUCUUGGUUCGUUAAAAAACAGUUGAAACUUGUUUAGACCGCGUUAAUUUGAUUAACCGUUUAAAUGUCAUUUAUCAACCGUUCAAUGAUCCUAAAACUGACUGAUUAUUUAGAAACCAUAUAUUUUUACAUUGAGUGUGUACUUUAGUAUUGUUGAUACCACCGUUAAGUUGAUUAAUCGUUGAAACGUCAUUGAUCAACCGUUCAAUACUCACAGAUUAUUUGUAAACCAUAUUUUUUUACAUUAAGUGUUGACUUUAGUUUUUGUUAGCCUACAUAGUUAAUUUAGUUUAAAAGGAAUAAUUGAUAGCUUGUAAUAUUCUUAUCUUUCUUAAUCAUAAUUUUUGUAUUUACUAUCAACUCAAAUGUAUCAAUGUAUCUGAAUGUUGUAGAAUGUAGAACAUUUUUCAAUAUUUAUCAAUUAGUUUUUAUUUAUAGAUAUUGUGUGACUAAAAAUAUGUGUUAGAAAAAGAAGGAGAUUAAAUGUAUCCUAUCUCAAA